GCACGUGCACGGGGGAGUGAGUGAGUCAGGGCUACACGCACUCCUCGCCUGUUCCUCGGGACUCGUUUCGAUGCUACUGUACAUAACCCACAUCAGAGAAACGGGGAAUGACAGAAUCGCGGUCACGACCAGUCAGUACUUCAGUGACGGGUUUAAACAGAAACGGGCCCAAAUUCGCUAGGCCAGUGAUGACUUGUGGCGCGGAGUGCGGUCACAUGAAUUGGCAGGUGGCGAUGCCGUGGGAAUUUCCCAAAGGAGCAAUCCCGCCACCAGGCGGGAGGGGCGGGGGAGGGGGUCAAGCGUUUGAGCAGGCCCUGUGGGGCAUCACGGCCUCGUGGAUUGGGCGGGAUGACUGGGGAGGGUGCCGACAAACUGUGUUCACGUCCUGCCUACGUUUAUCUAUUUUAUCUGCCCUCCUAGCUAGUGCAAAGUGGUACAAGGUGGCUGUGUUAAAAAUUAUGCAGGGGUAGUAUAAAAAGUUGCGCAGGAGCAGUGCUGCAAAAGUCGCGCAAU